CUCAGAUGAGGCCGCUGUUGAACAAGCCCGCGAGGAUGCUAUGAAGGAGGGAGAGGCACUGAAAGGUGUUCAAGAUGCGGUUGGCGAAUAUAAGGAAGAGCAGCAGAAGAUGGUGGGUGCAAGAGACAACGUGCAGGCCAAGAAGGACAACUUCAACAAGGUUCUAGCAGAUGAAGGCCGAAAACCAGAGGGAGAAGAGGCGCAGGCCCUGGCGGACGCCGACAAGAUCUUGAAGGAGCAAAAUGCCGCGGAGCAGGCGGAGAACGCGGUGGAGAAGGGUCAGAAACCCGAGGCCAAGAAGAAACCCGAGGCCAAAAAAGGCUCAAGUCUUUUGACAAAGUCUCAGCCCAGGAGCAAUCGCCAAAGCAGAGCUCGGGUAAGCGGCAAGGCGUUUUUGUCGCUGCUGGAGCACGACGCGCGCCCCCGAAGAUGACGCGUGGUGGAAAAAAGUCGCAGAGAUCGGUUGCCA